GAGAUGAGCAGGAAUAAUACUGCAAAAUUGCAAAAACUGGAGAGACGCUGAGCCUCGCGAUGUGUUCGCGCCGCCAUCUUUUGCAUGUAAACAUGCGCCAACAAUGAAUAUCUGUAACAAUGAAAGGUCUUUGUGGCGUGACUCAGGGAGGACGGCGGCGGAGGGCCGUGGGGAGGAGACACCAGGCACCAAAAACGAAAAAGAUGGAGGGCCGCCUCCGAGGAAGAAGCGCCUAGAAAGAGCAGCGCCACAUCCACACACUGCUCUCCGUUGUUCUCCUGUUUCUCCAGGGACACGCAACCAGGCCUGUGUUUAUCUGGAGCUUCAGCGGCGGUACCCAAACCUGCACCUGCCCUCCGACCUCUUCCACCUCCAGCUGUCCUGGACCAAGAGUUUCCCACUCGAGCAUCCUCUUCCUCUGACAGGAAUGUGUCGCUUUCACGUGGGAUCAAACCAGACGGAGAGUGAAACAGAUGUUUGCGAGUCCACAGAUGAUGCAUUCUCCGUUAGGGAUGGUGAUUUGUCACUUCCAGAAGGUCCGUCUGUGGUUUUACACCCCUCCGCCGGACUCAAUCUGUCUGUCGUGUCUCUGUCCUCACUGCUGGAGCCCCAGACGCCUCAGACGCGGGACAGCUGUGAGGUGAGUUUGAUGGCGGAGGUGUUCAGUGAGAUGCUUCAGAGGGAUUUUGGGCUUGAGCUGGAUCAGUGUCUGUGUCGUCUGCCUCAUGACCCCAGCGUUAAAGAGGACCGCAGCGCUCUCAUGACAUUCAACAAAACAUACAAGAAGAGUCUGAGAGAAAACAGCAGUCAGAGGAUCUCGGUCAUCGAGAAGAUGCAGAGAAUGCUUGAACAGAAUGCCAUGAGAUCGGUGAUGAAGCAGGCGGUGAAGGAGGCCAGACUGACAGAGAUCACACAGAGAAGCUCAAGAGGAAACCAGUUGUGCUGAACAAAGGCUGAAGCUGGAGCCAGCAGUGGUUUUAGUCUGAGUCCAAAAGGCUGAACUCCAGCUGGAAACCUAAACCUUUGCGUGGGAAGAACAUGUCGGCUCUGCCUUGGGCUCAGAGUUUGUUCACUGAACUCACAGAAUACCAAGUCUGCGCUCACAAAAAUCCUCUUCUCUAAAGAGGCCGUGUGUUUCUGCUCUGAUUAUAAUAUGUUUUGUGGCUGUUUUCCAGAAA